CAAAGAGUGGAAGCUAGAAAGAAAAGUGUAUCAAGGAGAGGAAGAAGAAGAAGAAGAAGGAAGCAAAGGGGGUGCUGCCAAUUUUCGUCCAGCAGCAGGACAGCCUGUGAGAAGGACUAUUCCGGACAAUCAAGCCGUUGGAUCGUCCUGAGAUUUGUAGGUUGUGUUUUAUACUUCUUUGUCUACGAUUUGACCGUUGGGAUCAUCGAGGAAAGUCGCUGGACAGAAGGGGUGCGAUACUGUUUUUCUGUAGCAGGACAGUAAAUUAGAGGUAAGGAGCAAGCCGGGGGCUCACCCAAAGGCAAGGGCAUAGCCGAGUGAAGAUAAAACUGUCAAGAUCAGAAGUAAGGUCUGUACUGUAGAUAUCGGGACUCAAGCGUGAAGGGAAGCCAUGAGGUGGGCGGAGGACUCCGAACUCCUUAAAUGUUUUAUGUUGUGUGAAUUUUGUAAUAAAUCGGACUUCCCCGGUUUUCUGUUUUGACUCUGAUGAAAAUGUAAAUU